GUACCAUCAGACGAACACAACCCUAUCUCUGACGGAUAUCAUGAGAUUUGCUCUUUCGACCAUGUGCUUUACCAGCACUACAAUCACGAAUGUGCACUCAGACAAUCCAGUAAUAACCAUCAGUUCAUCUCGACCCCCUACUCAGUGGCUGUUUGGUGAUGGUACGAUGAAGUCGAUGCCGAAGAGGAUGGUCCCCUUUUACAUGAAGUCUUCCUCGCAAAGAAGACGAACGACAAGCAAAUGAUCAUUUCCUCCUAUCUGACACCUCUGUUUAUCACAUCUAUUAGCUCUCGGAUCGUUUUUUCUUUUCUAAAUGAAAAAUGAGUCCAUCGCAACGGCCUGACAUGGGGUUUUAAUUUUACAGCUGUCUUGCUAAGCAUUGGUAC